GCCUCGCUAGCAGGCAUCAGACUGGGGGCCAAAAAGCAACGGGCGGCGGACGUCCUUGGCUUCACAAUUGCGGGCAGAGCGUCGACGCCGUCGGUGAAGGAAGAAACCCCGCAGGCAUGCUUUGUUCUGCGGGUUAAGACACAAAAGGAGGAAUUGUUUUCCCUUCGGUAGGAGUGACAGCAGCUCGGAAAGUGCUUUUUUGAGCCGCAGUAGAAGGCCGACUGGACUGCGUACCGCUCAAAAUGGCCAUCGCACAACAAUUUGGACUUCUGUUGUGGAAAAACUAUCUUCAGCAGAAACGUCAAAUCCUGGUAACUCUGGUGGAGAUACUCCUGCCCCUGCUCUUCUCUGGCAUCCUCAUCGUGCUACGCCAAAAGGUUCCUUUUAAGGACUACCCGAAUGCCACGGUCUAUGAGAGCUAUCCCGUUGACCAGCUUCCCAGUCUCCACCUGCAGCACCUGCAGCUGGCCUACGUGCCCGGUAACUCCAGCGCGGUGCGUCGGGUGGCACAGGGUGUGCAAGGCAGCCUGAACAUUUCCUCAGUGUUUAGAUUUGAGACAGAGGAGAAGUUUGAGGACUACGUGAGAAACAACUCCAGCUCAGGAAGGAUACUGGCUGCCGUGGUCUUUGAGCACCCGUUCACCCACGAUGAUGAACCUCUGCCCCUAAAGGUGAGCUACCACCUGCGUUUCAGCUUCACCCCACGCUGCGCCCCCAGCACCGAGAAGGUGGAGCUGAACCCGAACAGUGACCUCGACUGGCACACGCUCAGCCUCUUUCCCCUCUUUCUGCUGCCAGGACCGAGGGAGCAGUAUGACAAGGAGGGGGGCACGCCUGGUUAUUUUCGAGAGGGUUUCCUGGCCGUACAGCAUGCAGUGGACCGAGCCAUCAUGCAAUCGUACACCAACAAGUCUGCUGCCGGUCUGCUGCCUCACAUCAGUGUGGUCCUGUCGCGGUUUCCUUACCCCGCCUUUAUUUAUGACGUCUUCAUCCUGGCCAUUCAGAACCAACUGCCUCUGCUGCUGGUGCUCAGCUUCACCUACACCUCUCUCAACAUAGUAAGAUCUGUGGUGCAGGAGAAGGAGAGGAAGCUCAAGGAGUACAUGAGGAUGAUGGGUCUCAGCAACUGGCUCCACUGGAGCGCCUGGUUCCUCCUGUUCUUCCUCUUCCUCUCCAUCUCAAUCAUGUUUGUCACUCUGCUCCUUUGUAUCCAUGUCAAUCCUUAUGGAGCAGUGCUGUCCUACAGUGACCCCUCGCUGGUCUUUGUCUUCCUGCUCGUCUUCACUGUGGCCACCAUCAACUUCAGCUUCAUGAUCAGUGCCUUCUUCUCUCGAGCCAAUGUGGCGGCAGCGGCGGGCGGCUUCAUCUAUUUCCUGAGCUACCUGCCUUAUUUGUUCCUGUGGCCACGCUACGACCUGCUGACUCACGCCCAGAAGGUGUCCGCCUGCCUCAUCUCCAAUGUGGCCAUGGCCAUGGGAGCUCAGCUCAUUGGAAUGUUUGAAGGCAAAGGGACGGGAAUCCAGUGGUCAAACUUGUUUGACUCUGUGACGGUGGAUGAUGACUUCUCCAUGGCCCAGGUGUUGUGCAUGCUGCUGUUUGACUCUGUUCUCUACGGGCUGGUGGCCUGGUACGUGGAGGCCGUGUUUCCUGGAGAGUACGGAGUGCCUCUACCCUCCUACUUCUUCGUACUGCCUUCAUACUGGUGCAGCAGCCCCCGUAUGGCGUUGGUGAAUGAGAAGGAGGAAGAGGAGAAUGCAGAAAAGGCUCUGAAAGGGGAGUUUAUAGAGGAGGAGCCAGCUGGACUAAUCUCCGGGAUCAAGAUCAAACACCUCGCUAAGGAAUUCAAAGUGGGCAACAAGACACGGCAAGCUGUGCGGGAUCUCACAGUGAACAUGUUCGAGGGACAGAUCACGGUGCUGCUGGGACACAACGGUGCCGGAAAGACCACCACACUGUCCAUGCUGACAGGGCUGUUUCCUCCCACCAGUGGCAGAGCCUACAUCAACGGUUACGACAUCUGUCAGGACAUGGCUCUGAUCCGCCGCAGUCUGGGCCUCUGUCCCCAGCACGACGUACUGUUCGAUAACCUCACUGUCCGAGAGCACCUGCUCUUCUACGCUCAGCUGAAAGGCUUUCCCAAAGACAAGAUUCCAGAUGAGGUGGACCGGAUCAUCCGCGUCUUGAACCUUGAGGACAAGCGGCUGGCUCGCUCCAAGACCCUCUCUGGUGGCAUGAAGAGAAAACUCUCGAUUGGCAUUGCCCUCAUUGGAGACUCCAAGGUGGUGAUGUUGGACGAGCCCACAUCAGGUAUGGACCCGUCGGCUCGGCGUGCCACCUGGGACCUCCUGCAAGGGGAGAAGCGCGGUCGCACCAUCCUGCUCACCACACAUUUUAUGGACGAGGCUGACCUGCUCGGCGACCGCAUCACCAUCAUGGCAGGAGGAGAGCUGCAGUGCAUCGGGUCACCACUCUUCCUCAAGAACAAAUAUGGUGCUGGCUACCACAUGGUGAUCGUAAAGGAUGCUCUAUGUAACGUGUCCGAGAUCACCCGCAUUGUCCACAUGUAUGUUCCCAAUGCCACCAUGGAGAGCAGUGCGGGGGCUGAGCUCUCGUACAUCCUGCCCAAAGAAAGCACCAACCGGUUUGAGCUGCUGUUUGCUGAGCUGGAGAUGAACAGAGAGGAGCUCGGCAUCGCCAGCUACGGAGCUUCAGUAACCACGAUGGAGGAGGUUUUCCUCAGGGUGGGAAAGCUGGUGGAUUCCAGUUUGGACAUCCAGGCAAUCCAGCUGCCAGCCCUGCAGUACCAACACGAGAGACGCUCCAAUGACUGGACCACCGACGACGCCAGCAGCAUCAGCGGCAUGACCGACGUCACAGACUUCACAGACAGCGGCACGCUCAUUUCAGAGGACUGCUCCAACAUCAAGCUGAACACCGGGGCCAGACUACACAUGCAGCAGUUCUAUGCCAUGUUCCUGAAGAGGGCGCUGUAUAGCUGGAGGAACUGGAAGGUGAUGGUGGCGCAGUUCCUCAUCCCUAUACUCUUCACCGUUUUGGCCUUAUUUGUGGCCCGCUCCUUUCCCAAUCACCAGGACGCUCCUCAACUGAGGCUGGCGCUCCGACGCUAUGGUUCCACCAGGGUGCCCGUGGGUCUGUCGGCUGGGGCGGGUCCCCUGGCUGCUGCCCUGGCCGGUACAUACAGUUCACAGCUCCCUGCUCAGCUUGGCGAGCACAUCAACGUCACGGAUUUCAUUGAUUACAUCCUGACCCAGGCAGAGGAGGAAGGCGGCAGCUUUAACGAGCGCUGUGUGGUAGGAGCUGAUUUCCGUGGCAUCGGCAGCAAACGUGUACAGGCAAUAGCCUACUUCAACAACGAGGGCUACCACACACCUGCCACAGCCCUCAUGAUGGUGGACAAUGCUCUGUUCAAACACCUAGCCGGGCCCAAUGCUUCCAUCCAGACGGGGAAUUACCCAAUGCCACGCAACCUGUCUGAGGCCGCCCACAGCCAGCUCAUGGAAGGAAAGACGGGUUUCAUCAUCGCUAUAAACAUAAUGUACGGUAUGGCCUCCCUGUCCAGCACAUUUGCCCUUCUGCUCGUAACCGAGUCCUCGAUCAAGUCCAAGCAUGUGCAGAAGGUCAGCGGCGUCUACCUGUCAAACUUCUGGUUUUCUGCGCUCCUGUGGGACCUGGUCAACUUCCUGCUGCCAUGCCUCCUCAUGCUGGUGUUGUUUCAGGCAUUCGGCGUCAAGGCUUUUGUAGACGACAACCACCUGGUCGAUGUGUUGCUAUUGCUGCUGCUGUAUGGCUGGGCUGUUGUGCCUCUUAUGUACCUACUGAGCUUCCUCUUCUCCAAUGCCGCUUCUGCCUACACACGCCUUACCAUCUUCAACAUGAUCUCUGGCACGGCCACCUUUCUGGCUGUCACCAUCAUGGCCAUCCCAGAGUUGGAACUGCAGCACAUGUCGCAAUUGCUGGAUAAGGUAUUCCUGAUCUUUCCAAACUAUUGCCUGGGCAUGUCCUUCAGCCAGUUCUACCAGAACUACGAGUUCCUCUCCUUUUGCUCCUCCAGUCCAUUAGCCGCAGGGGUGUGCAAUGUGUAUAACAUCACGUACCAGACCAACUACUUCUCGAUGUCGGAGCCUGGUGUGGGCCGUUUCCUGGUGGCCUUGUCCCUGCAGGGCAUCGUCUACAUCGUUCUGCUGUUCGUCAUCGAGCUGCAGUGUGUCCACACUCUCCGGCGCCUCCUCACCUCCUUGGGGAAAAGACGCAAGCAGUUACCUCUAAUGGAGGAUGCAGCCCUGCUGCCGGAGGACAGGGAUGUGGCUGAAGAGAGGAAGAGGGUCCUGGAGUGCCAGCCAAUAAUCGAGUCGAUGGUCGGCAGCCCUCUCGUACUGCAGGAGCUCAGCAAGGUGUACAGCAGCGGUGGGAAUAUUCUGGCUGUGGACAGGCUGUCUCUGGCGGUAGGGAAGGGGGAGUGCUUCGGCCUCCUGGGCUUCAAUGGAGCCGGCAAGACCACCACCUUUAAGAUGCUGACAUGUGAUGAGAGCGUUACCUCCGGGGACGCCUACAUUGAUGGAUACAGCAUCUUGAGGGACAUCAAAAAGGUGCAGCAGCGCAUUGGUUACUGCCCACAGUUCGACGCCCUGUUGGACCACAUGACGGGAAGAGAAACUCUGAGCAUGUAUGCCAGACUGCGAGGAAUACCAGAGAAGUAUGUGUCUGGCUGUGUGGAGAAUGUCCUGAGGUCGCUGCUGCUGGAGCCUCAUGCCGAGAAACUGGUCCGCAGCUACAGUGGCGGUAAUAAGCGGAAGCUGAGUGCAGCCAUUGCUCUGAUUGGCGGGCCUCCGGUCAUCUUCCUGGAUGAGCCUUCGACCGGGAUGGACCCGGUGGCCAGGAGACUUCUGUGGGACGCCGUUACGCGCACACGAGAGUCUGGAAAGGCCAUAAUCAUCACUUCUCAUAGUAUGGAGGAGUGUGAGGCUCUGUGUACCCGGCUGGCAGUGAUGGUCAACGGUCAGUUCAAGUGCCUCGGGAGUCCCCAACACCUGAAGAGCAAGUUUGGCAGUGGCUACACCCUGCUGGCGAAAGUACACAUCGAGGCUGAGCUGGAGGAUAGUGACCUGCAGCUUUUUAAAGACUUCAUCGAAAGUACCUUCCCAGGAAGUCAACUGAAGGAUGAGCACCAGGGAAUGGUGCACUAUCACUUGACUGACAAAACACUUACCUGGGCCCAGGUGUUUGGCACUUUGGAGGCAGCCAAAGAGAAAUACCAGAUUGAAGACUACAGCGUGAGCCAGAUAUCACUGGAGCAGGUGUUCCUCAGCUUUGCCCAAUUCCAGCACUGCACUGAGAGAGGGAGGAAGUAAGUGGUGUGAGGAAUCUGUCCAUGCCUUGUCCACUAUCUACAGCUCUUUGUGUGUGUGUGUGUGUGUGUGAGUGCGUGUGAAGGACCUGCCUUGGUUACACAGCAGGUGUGUUCACAGGCCAGAGAAGGUUUUACCUCCAGCUCUAUUUUCACCUUGACCACCAGAACACACACACACACACACACACACUGGGCCAGUUGCAUCAACUUCAGCAUUUCUACGACUGAAUCUGUGUGUCUUUGUCGAGUCAUCCAUGAUGUGGUUGUUAUUGUUGCUGUGUGACGAAGGAAGUAGGAGAAUUGGGACUAUGCCUCGAUCAGGAUUAUACCAAUGAAUGAACUCCCAGUGCUGCACCUUACCAGUGACGUUAAAGACAAUGACACCACUCAUCAGAUACUACUCUGAAUCGUGUGUUUGACUGGAUUUAUCUGUGUCCUUCUUUUGUGAUUCAUGAUUUUUAUUGAUUGUGUUUUAUUAAUUUGUGCUUUUUUCUGUGAUAAUCACAAGAGAAUGAACCGCUCCAUUUGAUACAUGUAUGAAAUUGUUGCACACCUUUGCGCCUUAUCUAACUAAUGAGGGGUCUUGUUUCGAUAUAUUGCCCUAUAUCAUUAUGAGCUUUUUAAUGUUGUUGCCAGAUGUAAAUAAUGUGACGUGUUCACGCGACUAAACAACACUUGCUCAUUCAGGCCAGAGCACAGCAGAACAUUUACUAAUUUAAAGACUGUUUUUAGCCACAUUAAUGAAUGCAUGUCUACAAAACGAUUUACAGAGUGCAUGAUACUGGAGGAGCAGAGAGCUGAAAGCGAUUGCUAUUAAUCCUCUAGAGUACAUUUCGUCCGGUCUGAGUACAUUUAAUACGCCUCCCAUUGUCCAGGUCCUGUGAACCAACAGGUUACAGCGCAACGUGUUACCAUGUGGAUAUCCAGCCGUCACAGUUUACAUGGAAGCUAUAUAGGGAAGAAAUAACAGUCGUGUGACGCUGAAGAUUACGUUCAAAUGUUGGUGUAAAACUGGCGGUCGUGACUUGAAAUCAAGUUGUAUCCAACUGCAUGUGAGUGAUCUGGGCCGAAGAAUUGCAAGACUGCAAUAACCUUUAAAGUUUUAUUUGUAAAUCUUUUUAAUUUUCCUCGCUCUGCAUUUCACACUGUGUGUGCGUGCGAGCGAGUGUGGUACAGAGAGUAUGACGACUCAUAAUUCCUGAUUUAAUCCAGACUAAAUUUAAAAACACUGCUAUGAUGGCUCUUAAAUAUUUUAACUAAUGAAUUGUUAUUGCGCAGUGGACAAACGACUGCGGGUUCAUCUUUAAUGGAGAGCUGCUCCUUCAGGGAACGCAAGAAAAUGCAAUGAAAUCAAAAUCAAAAAGACAACUGUAAAUAGAUAGUAAAAUACUUAUUAUCGAUGCCUUGUUCCGAGGAAGAAUGAUCAGCGCGAUGUUUGUUCCUCUUUCAUUUGGAUGUGCCACUAUGAACAUCAUUUCAGAGCGGGCCCAAUUUAUCACAGACUUUAAGCCUUUAUUUACACAUUGUAAGAGCAUUUCUGUAAUCUGUAGGAAUAUUUCGAAAAGAUAUUUUAAAUUUAACAACGAAAGAAAAAUCACACGCAAAUUGAUGAGAAAUGGAUUCUCAGUUUCCUGCUUUUCAUCCACGUUAGAGAUCAAAAUGAUAUUCACAGAUGAAUCGGUGAUCACAUUAACUUGAGGUGAUGACAUUCCUGCUCUUGAAAAAUCACUCUGACAUCACAGAAGUGACACGAAUGUAUUUACUGUCUUACGUGAAAGCAGAAAGCACUCUGUCAUCAGCUUUAUAUGAUUUAGAGAACUUUCUUCAUGUCUGUGUUUGUGUGUGAGUGAAAAAGAAAAGUGGAGACUGACAUUCCAGAAAGGCCCAAAUAUUUGGUCUUGAAAGGAUUUAACCUCCUAAUUUAGACUAUUGUUACAUUUGUUUAUGUAUUUGCACAAUUUUUUUUCUUCUCAUUACAUGUAUGACUUGAAUCAAUUGCAAUGUUAGAUACGUGGAAAUGGAAAGGUCUGCUCUGCUGAUAUUGAAGGAUUGAGUUAUGUUGAAAUAUAGUGUAUCAUACUUAAAAAAGGGAAUUUACAUCAUUUUAACUGUGUCCUGUCCAUGUACCAUGACACUGACCAACUGUAUGUGUCUCUAUUGUUUUUAAAUAAAUAAUGCUCAUUGAAAAUGGUAGCAAAUACAUGUG